UUUUGUUUUCAAUUCAAAAAACCAGAAAUGGAAAGUUCUGCAAAAACAGACAAAUAUGAAAAGAUGUCUUUUGACAAGGCAAAAGUGUCCAUAGAUUCUGAAACAGAAUCUACUCCGAGUGUUAAUGAGUCUAUUACUGCAUCUGGGCAGAGGCUUUCUGAAAAUAUUCCUGCGGACCAGCAAGUAGAGAAACCAAAAAAGAGGAAAGAGUUUGAAGAUGAUCUUGUAGAGGAAAAUUCAAGUCAUGUGGAGGACUCUCCAUCCAAGAAAAGAAAACUUGAUGUUGAAAUCAUCUUAGAAGAAAAAUGCUCUGGUGGUGAUGGAGCUGAUUCAAAGAAAAGGAAACUGGAAAGGGGUGACGUUUCUGAGGAUGCUGCAGAAAAGCGGAAAAAGUUGGAGGAAGGACACAGCUCUGCCGUUGCUGCCCACUAUAAUGAGCUUCAAGAAGUGGGUUUGGAGAAGCGCAGUCAGAGUCGCAUUUUUUACCUAAGAAACUUUAAUAAUUGGAUUAAAAGUAUUCUUAUUGGGGAAUUUUUAGAAAAGGUACGACAAAGAAAAAAUCGUGAUAUCACUGCUUUGGACCUGGGAUGUGGAAAAGGUGGUGAUUUACUCAAGUGGAGGAAGGGGAGAAUUAGCAGGCUAGUGUGUGCUGAUAUUGCUGAUGUUUCUAUGAAACAAUGUCAACAGCGUUAUGAAGACAUGAGAUGUCGUCGUGAUAAUGAAUACAUUUUUAAUGCAGAAUUUAUAACUGCUGACUGUUCAAAGGAACUUUUGGUUGAAAAAUUCCGUGAUCCACAAAUGUGCUUUGACAUCUGCAGCUGUCAGUUUGCUUGUCAUUACUCCUUUGAGACCUUGGAGCAGGCUGAUAUGAUGCUUAGAAAUGCUUGUGGAAGGCUUAACCCUGGGGGCUAUUUUAUUGGAACCACUCCCAAUAGCUUCGAACUGAUAAGACGCCUUGAUGCUUCAGAAACAGAAUCAUUUGGAAAUGAAAUAUACACUGUGAAAUUCCAAAAGAAAGGAAGCUAUCCUUUAUUUGGCUGCAAGUAUGACUUCAACUUGGAAGGCGUUGUGGAUGUUCCUGAAUUCUUGGUGUAUUUCCCAUUGCUAACUGAAAUGGCAAAGAAGUACAAUAUGAAGCUAAUAUAUAAAAAAACAUUUCGGGAAUUCUAUGAAGAAAAGAUUAAGAACAAUGAAAACAAAAUGCUCUUGAAACGCAUGCAGGCCCUGGAGCCAUACCCUGCAAAUGAGAACUCUAAACUUGCCUCUGAAAAGGUUGGUGACUAUGCACAUGCAGCAGAGUACAUGAAGAACAGUCAAGUAAGAUUACCUCUGGGAACCUUAAGUAAGUCAGAAUGGGAAGCUACAAGUAUCUAUUUGGUUUUUGCCUUUGAGAAGCAACAGUGAGCACUUAGUUGUCUCAGAGUGCACUCCAUCUUUCCAGAUGUAACAAACCAUCUCAUACAUUUGACAGCUGUUAGUUUAUUUUAAUAAUAAGUUCUAAAUGUGUAGGAUGCUGCCAAAAAGUCCAGUGUAUAAAUUUGACAUUUACUGUCUGUGACAGGUUAGCAUUGUUUGUGUGUGAGUGUGUAUAUAUAUAUGUAAGAAUGCUUCAUCUUUAAGAUCUAUUUUAAGUAAUAUUUUAAGAAUUGUUUCUCUUUACUGUCAAAAACUAUAACAAAGCAUGUCAGAGCAACUGACCUCUCCAAAGUGCUGUGAUUUGCUGAGCGUGUUUACAGAGUUUAAUUUACAGCAAUUGUAGAAUUAGCAAAGGGAGUGCUAGUUUGCCACCAUGCACUCAAAGUUUUGUUACAGUGUUUUUCAAUAUUAAAUGGAUUGUGUUCUCUACAUUUGAGUGUAAGUGUUCAAUAUAUAUUGUUAAGGUUAUAAGAUUAAAAUAUGAUUUUAGAUUUUCAAAAGAGCUACCUGGCUAGAUUUUGACUGUGUUUCAAUAAAUAACUAUUUGCUAAUACAAUGAAAUUCUGAGACUCUAGAAAAUUUUCAAUGGCAGGAUUGAGAUAUUGUGGAAUGGUUUGGUAUUCUGUUAAGAAUUUCCUGCCAUAGCAAUUAAUAUGUCUAACUAUUGAAAUUAAUUAAGGUACUUGUAACUUUCUUCAUUGGACAGUGAUUCCAUGGUUAGAUUUUUUUUAUGUGAAAAUGCCAUGUCAUAAUCCUAUUACAUAUUGUCUUUAAAUGUGUAUAUGCAAGGGCAACAGGAAUAGGUCGGUAAGAAAAACAGGUAGACAUCAGAUGAAUCCUCACCAGUAAGAGACGUCAGUUACUAAUGCUGUAUCCUUCCAAGUCCCAAACAAGGAACCCCUGCUCUUCUCUUCCAGCAUUGGUACUUCACACAGAACAACACACUGUCUAGUUGUCAUUCAAACAUGCAUUUGUUGAGGUGUUAAUGGUAUAGAGAUUGGCAUGGCUGCUUUCCAAAUAUUUACUUGCUGUCUCACAACCAUUAAAAUUGUCAUUAAGUUGCCAAUUACAGAAUUGACUUUUAGAACUGAUGUCUAUGUGAACUGCUGUCUUACAUUUAAGAAACUUGACAGCCUUUAGAUACAUCAGGAAACCUGAGAGCAAAAUACAAUUAUGUAUUAUUCUUUUAAACAUCAUUUAAAGGACAAUUUACAAAGACCUUACUUUCUAUAAAAAUCUAUAGUAUUUGCUUUAAAAGUAGACUUGGGGAUGGAGAGAUGGCUCAGCAGUUAAGAGUGCUAGCUACUCUUAGAGAAGACCCAGGUUCAGUUGCCUGCAUCUACAUGACAACUUAAAAUUGUCUCUAACUCCAGUUUCUGAGGAUCUAAUACCAUCUUCUGGUCUCCGUGAGCACCAGGCAUGCACAUAGUACAUAUACAUACAUGCAGGCAGAACACUCAUAAAAUAAAAAUAAUUAUUAAAAAUUAAAAGCAUAGUCAGAUAUAUUGUCACUGCUCAUAGUAUUAGAGAGUAGCUUUGGUGCAGGGUUUGGGGUGUGGGAUGAAAGUUCUUCUUGUCUUAGAACUUCAGGCUCAUUUCUGGGGAAGUCACUACUGAAUAUUUUGAUGGUUUAGCAGUAGGGAAAACUUUGUUCCAAUUCAUGUUCUUAGUUAAUAGGAAAUGCAUCAACUUUUAGUUUCUUCUGUCCUUUCCAUUCCAUCCCAUGGGUUUUUUUAGGAGAGAGGAAUUCCUCAAAGGGUGGAGGAUGGCUAUCCCAAGCAUUGAGAAGAGAAAUGUGGAGUUCCUAGGCCACAUUUGUUGAGGAAUCACUGAACUGGGUCUGAGAUGGGCUUUAGUACUUAUACUUACUAUUAGACAUAGGAGGAGUUCCCAUGAGGCCACCCCCUACUGGAAACAGUUCAAGAAGCUGCCUCUUUUGUGUUCUUACCUGCUCAGCCUCCACCCCUACACUGCUCCUUGUUGAAGUUAAAUGACUCAAAAUGAGUUUUUGAGGACAAGAAUGAGAAGGUAGUCCUUUCCACUGUUUUAAUCAAUAAAUGAGACUUUUUCCAGCAUAUUUGGAACCUACAUGUUUAAUUUUGCCAGGACUUGUAAGUACUUGAUGAGAAAGGCAUGGAUUUUCAUUACAGGAUCCAGGAAGAAUCCAUUAUUUUGUGCUCAAUGAUGAGAAUGGGUCAGAGGAGCUGUGCAGACACUCCAGGCCUGUCACACAGGGUACCCUCCAAGGGUGAGUUUCAAAAUGAAGAUCAGGGGCUAGAGACAUGGCUUAGAGGUUAAUUGCUAUUCUUUCAGAGACUGGAGUUUGGUUCCCACCACAUAAAUCAGGUGGCUCAAAACUGCUUGUAAUCCCAACUUCAAGGACUUCAACACUUUCUUCUGGGUUCUGCUGGCAUGUGCACACAAGCACAAACAUGCAGACACAUACAAAUCAAAAUCUUUAGAAAUGAAGAUCAUGUGGGCCAUUUGUGAGAAUGACACAACUUGAACUGGAGAUAGUUGUCUUGGGGGCAAAUCUGCAUUGUAGUAGGACCUAAAAUGCCGACAUGGUAUUAUUUGGGUCUAGAAUUUACUCAGGGAAGCACUCCAGUGUAUACAGUGUUGAUGGAGAGAAUCUAAGGAGUUUGUCAGUUCCUACCAAUCCUUCUGGUAUCCUAACAUGUACAGAGAGGCUCAGGCCUGCUGGAGCUGACUCACACACCACUGCAGUGCUCUUGUGCACUUUACAGACUGACUCCUAGAGAAGGUGAUGACUGAAUGGUGAGAGAGAAUACAGAUUUUUCAAGACCCAAGCAACACAACAUUCCCAUUCUGUGAUGGGCCUAGACUCCUAUUUCCAAGGGUGGAACGGGCUAGUUCUGAAGCCUGAGCUGUUAGUUAUUGAAACCCUUAACUUAGGUGUAUUAAUUCCUGAGUUAGAUGCUCCAGUAAAUAGAGUCCUCUGGUAGGAAACAGAGCUAGACUAGGUAGUCUUCAUGGUGUGGUGACCUGGUCCUCUAACUGGACUUGUGGGAUCUACACACUACAGGUGAUGGUGUCCCCCCAAGCUUACUUUGUGGAUAUAUCCACAAAGAUAUAAAUAUGAGGGUCUGUAACAGAAUAUAGAAAUUCUGCUUUAGUGUGAGUAUAGGCAGGCCUAAUAUGGAUUUGCUUGUUUAAACUCUGGUCAAGUGUUGUAUCUAUACAGGCAGUUGGGUUCCUCACAGAACAUACAUACCUACAUGGAUUCAUCAGCCAGAAGCUGGAGACUCCUUUCUGCUCACUACUGUCCCAUCCACAACCACCAUCCAGUUCUAAGCAAAAAUCUGGUUUCAUCUGGCUUGAAAUAUGUGACUGAAAUUAAAAAUACAUCCUUUGGCUUUCACUUGUCAGUGUUCAUGAGAUUAUUAUUCUCAACAGUUGUACAUUGUUUUCAUGAUUGUACACUAUUUCAUUGUGUGAAUAAACAUUAUCCAAUGGUG